AGACCCAUGAGCUGGCAGCAGCGGAGAUUCCCUGCAGACUCAACACAGGAACCAUGGCUCCCGGUAGCUUUCUCGCUCUCUGCCUCCUCACACUCCUGGGAAUGUGUCUGUCCCCCACCCAGUCAGAAACAGUGGCAGAUCCCGCCCCAACCCCACAGAAGGAUAACCAGGACACGUCAUCGGGGGGAGGGCCGUAUGACAUCACCACAAAGGAUCCCUUCCAUGACCUCACGGACAACGCCUUCACCUUCGAGUACGAGGACACGACCCGAUUCCAGCCCAUGGAUGAGGACGAUGGAGCGCUGGGUCCAGGUGCCAUCACUGCUAUCGUGAUCGCCGUGUUCCUGGGUGCCUCUGUGCUCCUUGCGCUGAUUGUCAUCAUGCUUAGGAAGUUCACCAAUGCCUAAAGCUCCACCCCAUGCCCCAACCCAACAGCCCCCUCACUCUUACUCUGUUUUACAUGCACACACACACACACACACACACACACACACACACACACUCUUACACUGCACUAGACAAAGAAGACACAAAAGGAACCGUCCUCUCCGCAUCGCACAGCCAGUAUAGACACAGGCCAGCCGCUCCUGGAUGAGGGGCAUAAAUGAAGGAGGCAUCAGGUUAUUGGGUCAGGACCACGCCCACAAUGUGUAAACCACCUGCAAGUAUGUCACACCUGACGUUUAUUCAAAGUGGGCUCGUCAUCAUGAGUAACCGUGGAAGUCGCAGACUCCCAACCGGCUCCUCCAACAGAACAUCGUACAGCGGAGCCCUGGAAAGGAGGGCCUCCGUGGCUGAUUCUAAAAUCACGUUUCCACCCCAACAGGCAUGGUUGCGAC